AUGGUUUGCUGCUGGGUGUAUUUGAUGAUCACCGCUGCCUGCUUCCGAAGUUCGACUGCGAAGGGGGGAGGACCAGGGUGGGAUGACAGCCUGUUGUCGCAAUGCCCACAUACAGAUUCGAUGGUGUAUUCUGACUACGGCACGUUGUCGGGGGGAUUCCCAGUCGACACCAAAGUCCCAAGCACAGACUUUGCGGAUACCUCUUUUACGAUGAUCGCAAGCUUGUAUGUGUUUGAGCCCGUCCCAGGCGGCUGGACAUGUUGGCUCGGGAGCGGCCAGACGUGGCCGUUUGUCAAUAGCGGACAUUUGCACUUGUGUUUGACGAACACGAAAUUGAAACUCGGGUUUUACUCCAACGAUCUUGAUGCCAACUAUGCUUUUCCAGCCGAGACCUGGGCGACAGUUUCUGCAGUCUAUGACGCGAGCAGCCAAACACAGCGUCUUUAUGUGGACGGUGCAUUGGUGGGCACCAGGAGUACCUCAGGAAACUUCAAAGGCCAAGCGACUCACAACGUGGAGAUCGGACGGGCGCACAAUAAUCCAACUAGCUUUGACGGCAAGGGGGCGAUACGAAAUGUGGUCUUAUAUACGGAAGCGAUUGAUGCAGCUGACCUCGAGGCCUGUGCAGCGGACCCGUGGAUGACAAUAACAUCCAGUACCUCUAGCACACAUACGCUGACUUCAACUACGUCGGCAACGAUGAGCACAUCGUCCACGAGUUCGUCCUCAGCGACGAGAUCCUCUACGAGUUCGUCGUCUACGGUGAGUACAUCCUCGACUGCCUCAAGCAGCACGUCGUCAACCACCAGAUCACUGACAAGUUCGUCGUCGCUUAGCACAUCGUCAUCGACAAGAACAUUGACUAGUUCUUCCACAGUUAGCACAUUAACGACUAGCACCGAUACCUCAUCGUCGACGAGGUCUUUCACAAGUUCGUCGUCCUCGUCCUCCAUCAGCAUGACAGCCUCCAGCACCGUGACUACAAGCAGCCAGGCGAACGUCACAUUUUUCGUGGAGAAUACGCAGGAUCAGGCGUUGGCAGAUGCAGCAGAAGUCCUCCUAGAUGCCAGCCUCCAGCACAUCGGAGCCCUGGUCACCGUGCCAGGUCUGGGCCGAACCAGCGCUUCGUCCUUCAGCGUGGAGGGCUUAGUGCCUGCUACGCCGAGGUACGUUGUCGGACAACUCGAUAAGAGCUUGCUGGCAGCUUUCCCAUUUCCGCUUGUGAACCACUCUGCAGAUGAUCUGUUCUUGUCAUUUUCCGACUUCGAGGAGGUUCUGCAAGAAGGGGAGGUUGUCAGGCUCGUGUCGGGGAGGCGAGCACAGUUGCUGGCCGAUGCCGUCGACGUGUCUGUUGUCUUCCCCGGGGGACAGCACUGGCCGAUAAAUGUCAGCAUGCAGCAGCCAAUCUAUAUCCGAGUGGCUCCAACUUUGAACGGGAACAACAGCUUGUGUGCGUUCCUCACGGAGUCCGGCUGGUCCAUGGAAGGAGUAAGACCGGCACUGCCAGAAGAACUUGCUGCAGCCAUGGGAGACGAGUACCUUCCGGGUUUCUGGUGUGCAACGACACACCUGACCAUCUUCGCAGCGAUUCUUGAGCUUGCAGUGGCCUGCACGAACAUCGAGGUGCUAUCAUCGCAGCUGCUGCCCAGACUGCUGGAGAGCAGUUGGCCCACUCGUGCGCCUUCUGUGCUCGUUCUUUGCACUUUGGGCUGCUGCGUGGUGAUCUUGCUGGCUGCAAUUCUGGCCGACAGGAGAGCACGUUUGCGGGACGUGUGGCGCCAGUCGAAUUUGCUUACAGCUAUCCCACCAUCUCGGGUGUCCUGCUGCCCAAGCCUCUGCAGAUGCCCGGGCAAGUCAAGCCAUGCAGGGAAAGCACCGCAACAAUCGGAGAGCAAAGAAGCCGCAGAUUCCCCGGGACUGCAGCAGCAGAUCGGAAGAAUGCUUGGUUCUCUUCAGCCUCGGACUUGGGCGCGGAGAACGGGCAUCCGGGUCAUGGUAAGAGGAACGUUGCAGUCGCUUGCUCUGCUGCUCUGGGUGGACGAGCAUUCCUUGCAGACCCAUGUGUGGAAUGGACAGGGCUGGGUACAGGGGAGCUUAGUCUUGGCAAAGUCGAAGCUGCUGGCGAAAUGGACCGCGAAUCUCGAUGAGGCGUGCCUUUGGCUGCACCUGUCACGCUUAACUUUCUUGGUGAUCACACCGUGUCUCCGGUGCUUCGAUGUAGUCGUAGUGAGAGAUUAUGCCGCAGACGGCGACGACUUCAUGACCAGCGGAAGCUACAAAAAUAGUGGCACGCUAGUUUUCCAGCGAGCUGAGUGUUCCAUGGCCAGACAGGAGCUUCCACGGCUUUAUGCUGCCUGGGGCCGUCGGCGCUGGCGACGCGCCCUCGUCUCCUUCGCUGCCUGCCAUCCCUUCCUGGGCAUUUUCCCGGUGUCGGUGCACCUGACUUCGGCGAAGCGUGCGAUGAUCUUCUCACACUUUCUUUUGGGUUCUUUGGCGAUGUCUUCACUGUUUAUCUCCGUGACGGGGGUCCUGGAUGUCACCAGCGACUUCGACUGCCCCGUCGAGGAUGACACGCUUCGGCUCUUGCUCAUUGCAGCUGUGUCCAUGGCUCUGAACUCACUUCCCCGGCUCUUCUUCCGACAGCUCGGAUCCCGGUAUUUUGCUGAGGGCGCUGGUGACGAAUUCAAGGUCAGGAGGAAGUUGAAAGAGUGGCUGGUUGCUGACGCUCUCUUUUGGCUCCUUUCCUUUCUCUGGCAAGCUGGCUACAUCCUUUUCCUUUGUGCCUUCUUGGCGAGUCUGGCGCCAGCAGAUGAGUCGAAAUGUCUCCUUUGUUUCGGCGCCAUUCUCUUUGCGAAGUUCAUAGCAUCCCCAUUUUCCAGGAUGCUGGGUCGCGCUUGGAAGGGCAUCCAACAUCACUCUCGGGGCGUAACCCUACAGUAA